UUGAAAAUUAUUGGAAGACGCAAUGUUUUAGGGGUGUAUUGACAUUUAACAAUUAAAAAGCAAUGAAAUUUCUGUUAAACGCAAUGAAAAGAUCUCGCGGGUUCAGUUACUCCAUUUGGCUACCGACGGCCUCAUAAACACCAGCAGCACCGCGACGAAUGAACAAUGGGCGGCGACUCUGCAUCAGAUCAUAGGAAGGUAAAUCAAAGGCAGAAAUGGGGCCUGUCGACGUUAGAUGUUUUGUACCACUUCGGUACCAGUGGGAUCUCCGUUGCCGUUGCAACUGGCGUUACUCACCCUCUAGAUGUUCUCAAAGUGAGAUUGCAAAUGCAGCUUGUUGGGCAGAGAGGUCCCUUGACUGGAAUGGGAAAGCUUUCUGCUCAUGUUGUAAGGGAUGAAGGGUUCAGAUCCUUGUAUCGGGGACUAUCACCCUCACUGAUGAGGUCAGUUCUUUACGGCGGCCUCCGUUUAGGCUUAUAUGAACCAUCCAAAUAUGUCUGUGAAAUGGCUUUUGAGUCAAAUAACAUCGUAAUGAAGAUUGCAUCUGGAGCAUUUUCUGGUGCUAUUGCCACAGCACUGACUAAUCCAGUGGAAGUACUAAAGGUUCGUUUACAGAUGAAUAUGAAAUCAAAUAGAGGACCUAUUCAUGAGCUGCAGAAAAUUGCUUCAGAAGAGGGGAUCACUGCUCUUUGGAAAGGGAUUGGGCCUGCAAUGGCCAGAGCUGCUGCUUUAACUGCGUCUCAAUUGGCAACUUAUGAUGAAACCAAACGCGUAUUACUGAAGUGCACUUCUCUUGAGGAAGGAUUUAAUUUGCAUCUCAUCUCAAGUACAUUAGCAGGCGCUGUGAGCACCCUCAUAACGGCGCCCAUUGAUAUGGUUAAAACUCGUCUUAUGUUGCAACGAGAAUCUAAGAGUGCUGGGAGUUACAGAAGUGGACUACAUUGUGCAUAUCAGGUACUCCUCAGUGAAGGUCCUCAGGGUCUUUACAAGGGAGGCCUUGCGAUAUUUGCAAGGUUGGGUCCACAGACGAUGAUCACCUUUAUAGUUUGCGAAAAGCUGCGCGGACUAGCAGGAUUAAAGGCAAUGUAAGGCCUCUUUAUGGUUGUAUUUUUAUCCUUAUCUGGUGCUUCUUGCUGCUGGCUGCUGAAUAUGCUGUUGGUACGAACAUCUCUCAACCUGACCAGAUUAUUAUGUUUCCCCCUUUAUAUAUACAUGUAGAUACAAUCUAUUUGUCCCGGUACAUUUUUUCCAUUUUUUGGCUGAUGGAUAAUGGGUAAGUUCGGAAAUAGAAGUGAAAAAAUUGUAUUUCGAUUAGGUUCCACCAUCCAUCAUCACUAGCUACCAUUCUUCCAAUAAACUUUUGUAGAUGAAAAUAAAAUAUUUUUCUCAUUUGGAGGACUUGUAUGUAUCUAUAUUUGUUGUAAUUGUAAUACACUAGUAAUUUUAUUUUUCUUACUCUCAGGCACAUUUGAAGUUUGUUAAUUAUUAAUAAAUGCUAUAAAUCAUAAAUGUGUAUGUACUAUUAAUACACCAACUUGAUAUGAAAUGCCGUAUGCUUG